AUGUUGAGCAAAUUGAUUAUCAAGGGGGUGGAAUUUACCUACAGCAAGCUUAAUACAGGGGUAAAGCUUUCCGUGGAUGAAGAACAACACAUUCUUUUUUUAAGUAGUGGCACCACUAAAGAGUUUGACCUUUUAAAUACUGUUUUUAUAAGCGAACUCCUUUUACGGUUUCCAGGUUGCAGUAUUAUCAAUUUAGGAUCUUUAUCAACUUUGGAAGUGUUUGACGAAAGGUAUCAUUAUAUAUACUGUGACUUUAAAAGCGAACGUUCGGUAGAUCAUGCUUUGAAGAAACUGUUCUUGCAUCCCCUCUCCACACAUUUCAAUAUGGUAAUAAAUAAUGUCCACGAGGGAAUCCAAACCGUUUAUGAUCGCACCAUUGACUUUCAAGAUGUGGCUCAAAUAAGAGACUGUUUACGAGCCAAUUUGACACAUAUUAUGAUAAUUUUAAAAAAUGUCUUACAAAGGGGGGUCAGAAAUGAAGAUCCUUUAUAUGUCGUUAGCAUGAGCUCUACAAUUACUUUAGAUGUGAAGGAGUAUGCAAUUGGCUAUACUUCCGCCAAAGCUGGACUGGCACACUUUAUGGAUUCUUUAAGUUCUGAAGUGGAAAAAGAAUGUAAGUCUUUCUUAGUGUUUCUGCCCUACCAGCUAAGUACUGAUGACGUUCCAGUCCUAGUUGAUGACCUUCUUAAGGAUUUUCACCAUGGAAGACAGGGAGCAAAAGUAUGUCACUUGCCAACAGAAGUCAACAGAAUACAUAUUAGAAAAGAUGCACUUAAGUUGUUGAAAGAAUGGAUGUAG